AUGAGUCAUCAUCCUACACCUGCAACAUCCGUGAAAUUAGUAUUAUUAGGAGAAGCAGCAGUUGGUAAAUCAUCAUUAGUAUUAAGAUUUGUAUCAAAUGAUUUUCAAGAAAAUAAAGAACCAACUAUAGGAGCAGCAUUUUUAACUCAAAAAUGUACAAUAGGUGAAAAAACCAUUAAAUAUGAAAUUUGGGAUACUGCAGGACAAGAAAGAUUUGCAUCAUUAGCUCCAAUGUAUUAUAGAAAUGCUCAAGCUGCAGUAGUAGUUUAUGAUAUUACAAAACCUGCAUCGUUUAUAAAAGCAAGACAUUGGGUUAAAGAAUUACAUGAACAAGCUAAUAAAGAUAUAACGAUUGCAUUAGUUGGAAAUAAAUAUGAUUUAGUUGAAGAUGAAUCAAUUGAAGAUAAUGAAGAACUGUUAAGAAAAGUAAGUUAUGAAGAAGGUAAAUCUUUGGCUCAAGAAGAAAAUUUAUUAUUUUUUGAAACAAGUGCUAAAACUUCAUAUAAUGUAAAUGAAGUAUUCAUUGGAAUUGGUGAAAAAAUUCCUGAUAAUUUGAUAAAUGGUGGAGCUGGUAAUGGAAAUAAAAAUUUAAAUUCUGAAAUCAAUGAUAAUAGAAUUGAUCUUAGUUCUGAAAAUAAUAAUAGAAGAUCGACAUGUUGUUAA